AUGGCGAACUUGUGUGCAGGAUUGACGCUUGUAGGAGCUAUUAGGGUGGGUACUGUGAAUCCUGGUCAUACGGAUGGCGCCGUACAUACUUGCAUCAGGGGGAACUUAUAA